UCCCCGCCCCAGCCCCUCCCACCCUUCUUUAGCAUGCUGCCCAUGGGGACGGUGACCACUGCUGUCAGCGCGGUAGGUCGGGGUGGUCUGCUGGCGGGGGAGAAGCUGUGAGCCCUACGUGACCAUGGUACCUGUUGAAAACACAGAGGGCCCCAGUCUGUUGAAACUGAACGGGAGAGAGGCGGAGACAGACGGCAGCUGUGGAGCCAGCGGCGGCCGGCAUCCUGCCUGCGCGGGAGGUUGCAGCAUGUUUACUUUCCUGACGUCUGUCACCGCAGCCGUCAGUGGCCUCCUGGUGGGUUAUGAACUUGGAAUCAUCUCUGGAGCUCUUCUUCAGAUCAGAACCCUAUUAGCCCUGACCUGCCACAAGCAGGAAAUGGUUGUGAGCUCCCUCCUCAUUGGGGCUCUCGUCGCCUCGCUCACUGGAGGCGUGCUGAUAGACAGGUACGGGAGAAGGAUCACCAUCAUCCUGUCGUCCUGCCUCCUAGGACUCGGAAGCUUGGUGUUGAUAAUGAGUUUGUCCUACACGGUUCUUAUCAUGGGACGCAUUGCUAUCGGGGUUUCCAUUUCCCUGUCUUCCAUCGCCACUUGUGUGUACAUUGCCGAGAUUGCACCGCAACACCGAAGAGGCCUUCUCGUGUCCCUGAAUGAGCUGAUGAUUGUUAUUGGUAUCCUUUUUGCCUACAUUUCCAAUUAUGCAUUUGCCAACGUCUCCAGUGGUUGGAAAUAUAUGUUUGGUCUCGUGAUUCCCCUGGGGGUUUUGCAAGCAAUUGCAAUGUACUUUCUUCCUCCAAGUCCUCGGUUUCUGGUGAUGAAAGGGCAAGAGGAGGCUGCUGACAAAGUUCUCAGGAAGUUAAGAGUGAUCGCUGACACCACGGAAGAACUGACUGUGAUCAAAUCUUCCCUGAAAGAUGAGUAUCAAUAUAGUUUCUGGGAUCUGUUUCGCUCCAAGGACAACAUGAGGACCCGAAUCAUGAUAGGUCUGACUCUGGUGUUUUUUGUACAGACCACUGGCCAGCCAAACAUACUGUUCUAUGCAUCAACUGUCUUGAAGUCUGUUGGCUUCCAGAGCAACGAGGCAGCUAGCCUCGCCUCCACCGGGGUUGGAGUGGUCAAGGUGGUUAGCACCAUCCCAGCCACCCUCCUCGUGGACCGGGUUGGCAGCAAAACCUUCCUGUGUGUUGGCUCGUCCGUUAUGGCUGCUUCACUGUUGACCAUGGGCAUUGUGAAUCUCAACAUCAACAUGAAUUUCACCAAUAUCUGCAGAAGCUAUAGCCCUCUUAACCAGUCCCUGCCUGAGCCCGUGCUCUACGCGACAGGAAACAUGUCGAUUACCAACAGCAGCCCCAGGGAGCACUUGAAAGGAAUCACUCCCCACAGCAGGGGCUCAUUUAGGCCCACGGGAAAUGGCAUAGAACCCAAAGGGGAGAUGACCUUCACCCCUUUACCAAAUGCCAAACUGAGCCAAAAUGAACACCAGAUGGUCACAGACCCCGCCGUAGUCCCAGCUGCUUACAAAUGGCUGUCCUUGGCCAGCUUGCUUGUUUAUGUUGCUGCUUUUUCAAUUGGUCUAGGACCCAUGCCCUGGCUGCUGCUCAGUGAGAUCUUUCCUGGUGGAAUUAGAGGCCGAGCCAUGGCCCUGACUUCCAGCAUGAACUGGGGCAUCAACCUCCUCAUCUCUCUGACAUUUCUGACCGUGACCGAUUUGAUUGGCUUGUCAUGGGUAUGCUUCACAUAUACAAUCAUGAGCCUGGCAUCCCUGGUUUUUGUUGUUCUCUUUAUACCUGAGACAAAGGGAUGCUCUUUGGAACAAAUAUCAGUGGAGCUAGCAAAAGCGAACUAUGUGAAAAACAACAUUUGUUUUAUGAGUCAUCACCAAGAAGAAUUAGUGCCAACACAGCUUCAAAAAAGAAAGCCCCGAGAGCAGCUCCCAGAGUGCAAAAAGCUGUGUGGAAGGGGACAGUCACGGCAGCCUUCACCAGAGACUUGAGGGGCUCCAGUCCUUACAUGUGGCACCGUGGUAGGACCUACAGGAGUCUCUGCCAUGGCUUCUCCUCACUGUCGUGGAGAAAUUUUUCAUGGACAUCCUGAAAUUAGAAAAACAACCAUUAACUCCUCUUCCCCCAAACAAACCUUUGCCAAAAGGUAGAUGAGGCACCAAUGCCCUCAUGUAGUAGCUAAAGCGAAACAGAAUACUGGCAGGUUCAAGAGCGUCUGCAAAUGCAGCCUUUGAAGACCAAGUUCUAGUGAUGAGGCCAGCCUCUGCCUUAAGCUGUCUGUGCAGGAUGCCACCCACAGCUUAAUGCUCAGCACAGUUGCAUUCUGGACAGGCAUUUACCAUUUGUGCCUCUGAAGACACCCCUUGCUCCACUGUGUGGAGCACCAAUGUUGUACAUUAUGAUGUCCUGGAUAAGACUUCAGUGACAACUCAUGUCCACCAGUACAAAGAUUAUGCAGCUAGUAUAUCACACAUAAUGAGAUACUAGUUAAUCACAAUAAUCUUUUCUAAGUUUUAUGUCAGUUUUUAAAAUGCUAAGAUAAGCCAUUUUCCAUUUUUAAAAAAAAUGAUUAGAAAGAUCAAUUUAAAAAUCCUGGGACCAUAUUUAUUUAGAAAUAGCUGUUAAUAAAUAUUAGGAGUCCGACAUAAGGUUAUUAUUUAUCCAGAUCUCUAAGCAGUUAGGUUUAAGUUAUAAAGUCAGAUCUAUAAAAAUUGUCUCCUGGGAAGACUUCGGUGGUAACCCGUAGCAACCCACAGCUUUCUGCAAUUCCUCCCACUCCUCAGGAAUCUCUCUACCUCAGGCUACAGCAGACAGGCUCUCAUUGCUCACUCUCAGAUGAAUGCAGACAGAAUGAAUGACGCAGGCAUCAGGACAGGUACCUAUCUUCUGUGAUGAGCAGUGAUGGUGAGCCAUACCAGCAAGGUGGGCUUUACCCACGUGAUGCAUUUCUCUGGCCUUUAUUUUUCCAGGUGAAUUUUAAGAUCUGACAAACCAUUUCACCAACAUAUGAUAGAAAAAUCCAUAAUAAAGACCCUUGAACCAUUUAAUAAACUAUGAAAGGUAUGCAACAAAAAUAAAAUAAAAAAACAACCCUUAAGGUACAAACAACCUAACAAAUAAUUCAAAGAAGUAUUAUUAACCUGGAAAAACAAAAGAACCCAAGCCCCUUAAUUUGGGAUUCUCUUCCUUUCACUAUGGAAAGGUCCCCGUGUGACAGAGAGGUGCACGGCUCACCACAUUCCCUCGUAGGAAGUGCGGAGACAAUGGUAAGCAGCAGUAGUAAGAGCAGCAGCGCCUGAGCCUCAGGAGCUGACAGCAGGGCCUGGUUCUGAAGUGCAGCAUCCAAAUUAAAGGCGGUAAAAGAAGCCCCAAGGAAGGGAGACGGAAGUCUUGAUUAUGACAUAGUAUAUUUCUCAUCAGGUACACAUGUGGGUUGCUUUCUGUGUGCUGAGGGAAGGGGGCAAGGCAUGUUUUCUGGGGGAUCACGUACAUUUAUUACGAGACUCUGGAAUCAUAAGCCACAGUUUUUUAAAAAACUCAAGGCAGGUUAUCAAUAUAGGCCUCUUCCCUCCAAGUAGCAGAGUAUGAUAUUUUAAAGACUGUUAAAUGAUUUCAAUUUUAAACACAUAGGGACACACACACUUGGGUAUUUUGUUUGCGUAUUCCUUGUGAAUGGGCAAAAAACACGCAAAGGGAGCUAGCUUCUCACUAAUGACUUCAAUGCAAGUAUUCUAAACCUUUUGUUCUCUUAGCAUCCCAAGCGUGGAACUAAACACUUUUGUUCUUUUGUUUUCAUAGUAAGUUUUUAACCAGUAUUAGCCCCACCCCGUCCCCAGCGCAUGGAGCUUUUGGUUUUCAAAAAUAAAAGGGGGAAUACUUAAA